AUGGCUGACCAAGCCCAGAGCAAUGACACUGGCCACGACCGACAUGCCGAACAUGAACACAAGCAUACUCCCGAACCAGGAGAAAUGGCACAGCAUGCGCCAGAAGACUCGAGUACCCUUCACUCCAUCUUCUCUUCUCGGACCAAGACCUUUGUCAUUUUGAUGACAGCCGUCAGCACCUUCUUCUCCCCAUUAUCAGCCUUCAUUUACCUGCCCGCCAUCACGCCGAUCGCCGAAGGCUAUCACCGGUCUGUAGCAGAUAUCAACCUCACAGUCACUCUGUAUCAGAUCAUGCAAGCGAUCGCGCCUCUCUUCUUCGGAGACCUGAGUGAUCAGAUUGGAAGGCGACUAGUGUACAUGAUGACCUUCUCGAUAUACAUCGGUGCGAAUGUGGGCCUGGCGCUGCAGAACAACUAUGCAGCCCUGAUGGUACUGAGAGCCAUGCAAAGUACGGGCAGCAGUGCUACCGUGGCCAUUGGGAGCGCAGUCAUCGGUGACCUGACGACAAGCGCUGAUCGUGGAGGGUACAUUGCAGCUGUGCAAGCCAGUGUGCAGUUUGCUCCAGCUCUGGCGCCGGUCAUCGGUGGGCUGCUCUCGCAAUAUCUCGGAUGGCGAUCCACGUUUUGGUUCCUCGUCAUUCUCACGGGCGUGUUCCUGUUGGUUUAUGUCCCCUUUGUGCCAGAGACAGCGAGGAAGGUAGUCGGCAACGGCUCCAUACCUCCACCAAGAAUGAGCAACUCUCUCAUCUCAGCUCAUUUGCACCGGAAACGGGCAGCCUCCAACGCUGACCCAGAACUAUGCACUCGGCAGCAGACAGCCGGCCCUGCGAAGCUUCCUCGCAAGAUUCCCAUCCCCAACAUCUGGGCCGCGAUUCGCAUUGUCUUCGAGAAAGACGUGGGACCACUCAUGAUCUUCAUGUCUCUCUUCGUGAUGGCGAAUUACGCCGUGAUUGUCCCUCUGCAGGACGUCGUCCGCCGUCGGUACGAUUUCAACGAUAUCCAAGUCGGACUAUGCUUCAUCCCGUUCGCCGUAGGAUCGGUACUCGGUACCCUCGUGGUGGGUAGGGUCCUCAACUGGCAUUACGCUCGCGUGGCAAAGAGCAUUGGGGUGUCGCCUGAUCGACGGAAAGGCGACGACCUGAGGAACUUUCCGAUUGAGAAGGCUAGGCUGGACAUCAUGUGGCCUUGUCUCGCCCUCACCCUGGCCGCCAUCGCGUCUUGGGGAUGGGUCAUCGACGCAGGCACGAGUCUUGCUGCGCCUCUCGUGGUCCUCUUCUUCGCAGGGUUUGGGCUCGCGGGGCCGAUUGCUAUCCUGUCAACGCUGAUGAUUGACCUGUAUCCGAUGAACCCUGGGCGCGUAUCCUCAUGCUUCAACUUGACGAGAGCCUCAUUCUCGGCUGUCGGCACAGCCGUGGUGCAGUACAUGAUUGACGCGUGGGGCUAUGGCUGGACAUAUGUGUUCAUGGCAUCCAUUGUUCUGGCUGCCAGCCCUGUCAUUUGGAUGGUGAGGACGCGAGGGCCGAAAUGGCGUGAGGAGAGGUAUCAGAAAUUCCAAAGCAGGCGGCAGAAUUGA